GAAUUUAAUUAGCUACUCUUUUCCCCCAUUGGGAGUCGACAAUCAAGUUGAACUUCGCAUUCCGCUGAGGCAACGUGUGCGCCCUAAAUUUGAUAAGCGCCACUUUCAACCACACGCGAUCCGUUGGGAUGUACCCCGCCGAGCUGAUGGCGGUUUCAAACAGUCAUGCAUGGCAAAGGGUACAGAGCUUUAUAAGGAAGUUCCGCAAAGGCAAUGCUGAUUAUAGUGGAUUACGGAAUGAGUGACGAUGGAGGGUUUUCGUUGGAUAAUUCCGCUAAUUUUAGCAGUUAGUUUGGUGAAUUGUAGUGAUGAUCUACGGCAUAGACCGCCGGUCGCAAAACAUGGCAGCAGUCAUCCGCAUAGUGAUGAAGAGGCAUCCAGAAUAGCGAUGCAGAUCGAUGCACUGGAUGACGACGCGGAAGUGAAUCCGUGGGAGCUGAGUGGAUUGUUCGAAGGUGAUAUACUGUUAGAUUCGCAACAAGUACGAAAUGGGAUACUCAACGAGAGCGCUCGAUGGACUGAAGCUACCGUUCCGUACUACAUCGAUGAGGAGAACUUCACGGAUGAGGAGGAACUUGUGAUUCUAAAAUCUAUCAAGGAAUAUCACGACAAAACUUGCAUCAAGUUUCGUCCGUAUCGUAAAAAUGAUACCAACUGGGUGGUAUUUCGAUCCACCAGCAGUGGUUGCUGGUCCAACGUGGGUAUGCAAUCGGAAGGUCAGACUGUGAAUUUACAUUCUCCAGGUUGCGUUCGACAUGGAGUUGUGAUUCAUGAGCUACUGCAUGCAUUGGGAUUCUACCACCAGCAGAGUGCUACCGAUCGGGACGAAUACGUACGGAUUUUAUGGGAAAAUAUCGAGUCUGGCCAUGAGCAUAAUUUCAACAAAUACAAUGCAAGUGACCUCACCAGCUACGGAAUCGAGUACGAUUACGGUAGUGUCAUGCACUAUAGUGCGAAAGCAUUUUCUAAGAACCAAGAACCAACUAUGGAAGCUCUGCAACCGAAUGUUACGCUGGGACAGCGAAAAGGUCUCAGUGAUAAGGACAUUGCCAAGUUACAGCACAUGUACGAAAGUCGGUGUUUAAAGCGACGUGAGUCGGAAAAUUCGGAGCCGCCUGGAUUCGUUGAGCAGCUCAAUUCACUACUCGGUAUUCUUGGCAACAAUGCAAUCUUCUCGUCUUUAACUUAAACUAAAAUAAAGAUAUUCUCAGUGUUGAACAAACUCUACCGAGUGCGAAUUUUGACGAUCGAAGGUCAUUCCUAUCCUGUGCAAUCUGGUAUCUAAUCAAUCAACUUGGUGAAGGCUACGAUAUCGCAAUGUUUCUCACUAAUUAUAGAACCCUAGUCACUUUUCCAGCUACCGUAAUUGAUUAAAAAAUUACUUGCAAGUUCGCAUCGUGUGUCCAACUAGGUGUAAACUCGUGGCGAUAAUAAUUUUAAUCGGAGCCUAUUCUCGCCAACCGGACACCUGACAGUGAUUGCUGGCCAGCAUCCAAAAGCAAAUGGUAUCGUCCUGGUACCCAUGCAUCCAUCAUCGUUAUCAUUUAUGCAUGGUGGGAGAUUCAUUUCUUGUCAGUUCGCUUUUGUCCACAGCUCGUUAUGUCGUUCAAUGGUGAAAAGGGUCAUUGAUGCAAAUAUAUCUAUGUAUAUUUUAGAUGGUUUGAUCGGUCCGCUGUCCUAAUAAAAGCAUAAUGAAUUGAGUUCGGUAAUAAUAGAUGUAAAUCGACAAGGACGAAGAUCAGUUCGAGUUCGAAAAAUAAAUUUUAUGGAUGUUACAACCUCAUCACAAUACUGAACAUUGCAAUAAGCUUUCGAAUAACAUCUGAUUUCUCGUUUCGUGUUAUAGCAAAGAAAAAAGU